CUUAGCUCACAGAACUCCGUCACUGACCGGAGCUUCACCGCUGACUGUUCUCCUGCCGCUGCCACCGCUGCUGCUGCUGCUGAAACGGAGUCAGGACACAAGUGACAGGAGGCAAGUGACCCUUUGAAGACAUCUCAAGAUGUUACCUCAACACCUGAAGCAGAUCCGAGUCCUCAUGCUCAAUGACCAAGAGAAUUUGGAGAGGAUUCUGUUCAGACUCGAACAAGGUUUUGAGCUUCAGUUCCGCCUGGGUCCGAGUCUUCAGGGCAGAACGGUUCUGGUUCACACCAAUUACCCGCUCGAAGGACACAGUUAUGAGCGAAACACGUUCCGCGUGCUGCCAUGGAAUAACCCGGCGGGGAGGGAGGACGACUCGGAUAAAUUCUGCUCUCUGGACAUCAAAGUAGCCGGGUCCUAUCAGUACUACUUUGGAGUCGGAAACACAGAGCGGUCAGGAGCAGGAUACAUCGUGGUGGAUCCCGUCCUCCGCGUGGGAACGGAGAACCACGUGCUGCCGUUGGACUGCAUCACCAUCCAGACCUACCUGUCCAAAUGUCUGGGACCCUUCAACGAGUGGACAGACAGACUGAGAGUCGCCAAGGAGUCAGGAUACAACAUGAUCCACUUCACUCCCCUGCAGACGCUCGGCGAGUCCAGGUCCUGUUACUCCCUUGCCGACCAGCUGACCUUCAGCCCGGAGUUCAGCCCCAAGGGUCAGCAGACCUACACCUGGACGGACGUGGGCGCGCUGGUGGAGAAGAUGAGGAGAGAGUGGAACAUGCUGUGUAUCACAGAUGUGGUUUACAACCACACCGCUGCGAACAGCGUGUGGAUCAGAGAACAUCCAGAGUGCGGUUACAACCUGGUGAACUCUCCACACCUGCGUCCGGCCUGGGUCUUAGACAGAGCUCUGUGGCAUCUGACCACCAGAGUCGCAGAGGGACGCUACGAGGCUAAAGGACUCCCCGCUGACAUCACACAAGAGAGCCACCUGACUGCCAUCCGCAGUGUCCUGUGGGAGGACAUUUAUCCUCAGGUCAAACUGUGGGAGUUCUUCCAGGUCAAAGCGAGCAGUGCAGUGGAGGAGUUCAGAAUCGUGCUACAAAGUGGCAGAAAGCCAGACCAUAAGAAGACUGGAGGGAAGAAGGGCCUUAAGAUCAUCCAGGACCCGCAGUACCGUCGCUAUGGCAACACAGUGGACAUGGACUCUGCCCUGGAGACUUUUGUUCCAAACAGCUCCUCCCCUUCACACAUUGAGGAGUGCUGUGAUUGGCUGAAGGAGAAAAUAGAGGCGCUGAAUGCAGAGCAGUACCACAUCGUAGAGCAGCAUCAGGAGCAGGCGGCCAACUGCACGGUGGGAAACGUAGUGUACGAGCGUCUGGCCGGCCACGGUCCCAAGCUCGGUCCCGUCACCAAGAAGAACCCUCUGGUUACCAGGUAUUUCACCUUCCCAUUCAAGGACAUGACUCUUGAGCAGGAGCUGCAGCUGCUGGACAAACCUGACAAGAUGUGUCACUUCCUGGCUCACAACGGCUGGGUGAUGGGCGACGAUCCCCUGCGCAACUUUGCCGAGCCAGGCUCUAACGUGUACAUGCGCCGCGAGCUGAUCUGCUGGGGCGACAGCGUGAAGCUGCGCUACGGUCAGGGUCCCGAGGACUGUCCGUACCUGUGGGCACACAUGCAGAAGUACACCGAGAUCACGGCCAAGUAUUUCCACGGAGUCAGACUGGACAACUGCCACUCUACACCUUUACAUGUCGCUGAGUACAUGCUGGGCGUGGCCAGAAACGUGUGUCCUAAACUGUACGUGGUGGCUGAGCUGUUCACCGGCAGCGAGGAGCUGGAUAAUAUCUUCGUUACCAGGCUCGGCAUCACGUCACUCAUCCGAGAGGCCAUGUCGGCCGGAGACAGCCACGAGGAGGGACGACUCGUCUACCGCUACGGAGGCGAGCCGGUCGGAGCCUUUGUUCAGCCCAGUCUCCGCCCACUCAUGCCCUCCAUCGCCCAUGCCAUGUUCCUCGACGUAACCCAUGACAACGAGUGUCCCAUACAGCUGCGCUCAGCUCUGGACUCUCUGCCCAGCUCUGCCAUCGUCUCCAUGGCCUGCUGUGCAACUGGCUCCACCAGAGGAUAUGAUGAGUUAGUGCCACAUCAGAUCUCUGUGGUGAAGGAGGAGCGUUUCUACCCCAAGUGGAACCCCUCUGCGGUCCCCUCCUCCACCGGUGAGGUCGGGUUUCAGAGCGGCAUCAUCGCCGGGAAGCAGGCUCUUAACAGGCUGCACCAGGAACUGGCAGCAAAGGGAUUCAUACAGGUGUACGUGGACCAGGUGGAUGCGGACAUCGUCGCAGUGACCCGUCACUGUCCUAGCACGCACCAGUCUGUGGUGACCGUGUGCAGGACGGCGUUCUGGGAUCCUAAAACCCACACGUACAACACCAACAUCCCGCCAAUGUUCAUACCAGGUAAAAUCGAGGAAGUGAUACUGGAAGCGAGGACAGUGGAGAGAGCAGCUGGGAGUUAUGAGAAGGACAAAGACUACAUCAACGGUUUACCACAGUACACCGUGGAAAUAAAAGAACAUAUACCGUUGCAGGAGAGUGCGGUGGUGAAGCAAGCUGAGGUGACGUCUAAAGGACGAUCAGAGUUUGUGGAGGAAAUCAGCUUUCAGAAGCUGACCCCAGGGAGUGUCAUCGCUUUCAGGAUCAGUUUGGAUCCCAGAGCUCAGAAGGUGGUCGGUGUCCUGAGACACUAUCUGUCCCAGUUCAGCCCCAAGUACAGGAGAGGCAGUGUCGUAGAUGAAAAUCCACCAGAGAUUCUCCUGAAGCCUCUGGCACAGCUGAUGUCCAAGCUGACGUUAGCAGACCUGAAUUUCCUGCUGUUUCGCUGCGACUCUGAAGAACAGGAAGACGGCGGAGGCUGUUACUCCAUCCCAGGGUGGGAGAAGCUCAAAUAUGGUGGACUUCAAGGUCUAAUGUCAGUGUUUGCUGAUGUCCGUCCUAACAACGACCUGGGUCACCCUCUGUGUGCUAACCUCAGACAAGGAGACUGGCUCAUAGACUUUGUCUCUAACAGACUGGUUAACAGAGAGGAACCAAUGGCGCAGGUGGGUCAGUGGCUGACGGCCAUGUUUUCAUACUUGAAACACAUCCCACGCUACCUCAUUCCUGCGUACUUUGACGCCAUCGUGGUGUCGAUCUACACCACCGCUCUGGAUGCCACCUUCAAACUCAUGUCCAGUUUUGUCCAGAAUGGCUCCACCUUUGUGCGACACCUGGCUCUAGGUUCGGUGCAGAUGUGCAGCGUCGGACGCCUCCCCGCUCUCCCGCCGAUCUCUGUGAAGAUGGCGGACGUUCCCUAUCGCGUCAGUCCGACCACGGGCGAGAAGGAGCAGUGCUGCGUCUCACUGGCUGCAGGUCUUCCUCAUUUCUCCUCUGGGAUUUUCCGCUGCUGGGGCAGAGACACUUUCAUCGCUCUCAGAGGACUCAUGCUACUCACUGGGAGACACAUCGAGGCUCGCAACAUCAUCCUGGCCUUCGCGGGGACGCUGCGUCAUGGUCUGAUCCCCAACCUGCUGGGCGAGGGUCGCUGUGCCAGAUACAACUGUCGUGACGCUGUGUGGUGGUGGCUGCAGUGCAUCCAGGACUACGUUACCCACGUUCCUCAGGGUCAUGAAAUCCUGCGCUGCCCAGUGACGCGCAUGUACCCGACUGAUGACUGUGAACCCUGCAAACCUGGAGAGGUGGAGCAGCCUCUGCACGAUGUAAUUCAGGAGGCUCUACAGCGACACCUGCAGGGCAUUCUGUACAGAGAGAGAAAUGCCGGACCCAAGAUCGACAGGAACAUGAAAGACGAGGGCUUCACCGUGUUUGUGAAGGUGGAUCCGGACACAGGCUUUGUCAGUGGAGGGAACCGCUUUAACUGCGGCACGUGGAUGGACAAGAUGGGAGAGAGCGACAAGGCCAAGAACACGGGCAUGCCGGCUACACCCAGAGACGGAGCGGCGGUGGAGAUCGUUGGACUCAGUAAGUCAGCCGUUCGCUGGGUCGUGGAGCUUCGUGCCAAAGGAAUGUUUCCUUAUGAUGGAGCGACAGUACAGAGAGACGGGACGGACGUGUUUAUCUCAUACGCUCAGUGGAACCAGCAGCUGCAGCAGACCUUUGAAGCAGGUUUCUGGGUCUCCGGUGAACCCGAGGACCCCAAUGAGAAACGCCCAGACCUGGUGCACAAGAAAGGCAUCUACAAAGACAGCUACGGGGCCUCCAGCCCCUGGUGUGACUACCAGCUGAGACCCAACUUCACCAUCGCCAUGGUGGUGGCUCCAGAACUGUUCACAGUGGACAGAGCCUGGAAAGCUCUGGAGAUGGCUGAGAAGAAACUGCUGGGACCACUGGGGAUGAAGACACUCGACCCAGAUGAUAUGGUUUACUGUGGCGUCUAUGACAACGCGCUAGACAACGACGACUACAACCUCGCUAAAGGUUUCAACUACCACCAAGGCCCGGAGUGGCUGUGGCCCGUCGGUUACUUCCUGCGAGCCAAACUCUACUAUGCGAAAAAGCUGGGAGACGAAACCUACGGCAACUCUGUGAACUUGGUGAAAAACGUACUGUCGCGACAUUACACCCACCUGGAGAAGUCUCCGUGGAAGGGUCUGCCAGAGCUGACCAACCAGGACGGUCAGUACUGUCCGUUCAGCUGUGAGACACAGGCCUGGUCUCUGGCCACCGUGCUGGAGGUCCUCUACGACCUCUAGGUGACCCCCGCACCUCUGACAUCACUUCCUGUGAUCAGAGUGGUCUCUCUGUGCUGCAUUCAUGUACAGUGGGGGUAAAAUGUUGUUUUGAACGUUACAUGACUUUGGACAGGAAGUGGUUUGAUUUCAUGUCUUAAAAAUUAAAGGUCUAGUCUGUGAAGUGUAUCGGCAAAAAUUGAACAUACGAACAGCCACACCCUUUUUUUGGCAUGCAAAGGCCACCAUAGUUCUCUGAUGUUCUCCGGUUGCGCAGCUGGUUGAGUGGACAUGUCCCUCGUUUUGCUUUUGUCACUAAUUCUCACACACUGGUCCUUUAAGAGCUCAAAUUUAUACGAUAUAUUUAAUAAAAAUGAAAUUAUCUUCACAUAGAAAGGCUCAUAUUUCUCCCACCGUGACAUGAAUGCAGCAUAUUUUACAGGUGGAGUCGCUGUGUUGAGAUGUUGUCAGAGCAUAAAUGGUGCUAUAGUGUUUCUGUAGUGUUAAAACUAGGGCUGUCAAUACAUAAAAGGAAAUAUGAAUAAUUGAUGUUUUAAUGUGAAAUAAUAAGAUUUAACGCAGAGUUUAACACAAAAACAAGCAUAUUUAAAUUCAGAUACUGUUGUUUAAGAGAGUUUUAAAGUCUAAAGAGAUUCUCUCCUGUGAAAAUCAUUAUAUAUAUAUUAUUAUAAUAUAUGUAAUUAAUGUACGUUUGUAUCCAUUGGCAGGAAAAAAACUAAAGCCAGACCAAACUAAAAAGAGCUUAGAAAUAAUUAAAAGAAGAAAGUCAUUUCUUGUGUGUGCUCGUAUGCUGCGUUCCAUUUGUAGUCCAAACUCGGAAUAUUCAAGGUCUCAUACCCCGAGUUUAUGAGUAAUUUCAUAUUUAACCGUAGACACACGUAAACAAACACAAUGUCAAGUGUUGUUUGUGUUAGUUUCCGACUUCUGAUGUACGUGGAACGCAGCAAAUAUUGUCUCAUGCGUACAGCACGCCGUGGAGGCGUUGAAUGAAAAUGCUUACCAUUCUCUUUAAACGGCAGCAUCGUUGUCGCCAAACCUUUACCGAACUGCAUUGUGGGUCCUUCACUAAGCAAAAUGACUCACAUUAUGCAAGUAUUAUUCCCGCGCAGGCGUUUAGCUAAUCAAAUUACGCUUAGGCCUGAUCUCCCAAAUUGCUUUUUGUUUUUUUUGUCACAAACCCAAACUAUCAUUGUUGCAAAAUUAGCUGCUACGAAGUUAGCCGUGAUAGCUUUGUACGCAUUGCCUACAUGAGAGACUUCCUCUCAUGAUUAUUGUAUACAAUCGGAGCUCUCGGGACAAAAGCUACGAAGUCGACAGAAGCCGCUCUGCUAACGUCCUGAUAACCCGCCUCCAGCAUUAAGUGUCCGGUCCGCUUAUUGUCAGGUGAGCGCAGACUGCAGUUACCAUUCUUUAACAGUAGAGUGCACUGUCCUUACUCGCAGAAGUCCUUACUCAGCCUUUAUUUGUCCGCUCGAGCAUUUUCAUCUUUCGUGUCCUGAUGCACUUUGUGUUGUCAUCAUUGUUGUCGUCUACAAUGCUAAUAUUGUGUGUUAGCUUACACGUGUCGCUAGGUCUGUCAGACCACUUUUUAAAUUGCGAUUAAAGUGCGGUGGCUUCUUCUUCUUCUUCUUUGGAUGGUGUGGUGAAAAAGUAAACUUUUUAAAACAUGAAAAUUAAUCGCAAACAACUAACGUGUUUAAUUCUUGACAGCACUAGUUUAAUUAUUUGUGAGCUGAACUGGUUUUGGUCCAGUUUGUCGUUGAAAAGUAUUAAAACCAUUAACUAUGCAUUAACGCACUUUGACCCCACAGCCAGGAGUUUUAUUAACAAACACUUAAACAACUUUAUUAUUAUUUUUAGAUCAUGUGACUGAUCGAUCAGACACUGGCUGAAUAGUUGCCUUCAUAUGCACAAACAUAUAUAAAUAUAUGUAUACUGUACGUCUUCCUGCUGUUUCCACUUGAAAGCUGCUUUGUGCUGAGUCAUCAUUCACUGCUGUGUGCAUGAAAGUCGUUUUCAUUUUACGAUGUAGUGUGACUUUGCUGUAGGUCCGUGGUUGCUCUGCAAAUGUAACACAGAGCAAAUUAUUUCAUCAGCAUUUCCCUAAAAAGUGAGUUAAAGAUACUAAAGAAAACACUGUAAACAACACAACACGUGUGAGUGUGUGUUUGUGGUUUGACGUCUUUGUCUGUGUGUAUCUGCGCUAACAUAUUUGUGUCUUUAAAGUCCUCUUUGAUGUCA